AUGGCUCUGCUCAUCGCCUGGGUAUGCGUCGCUGUGAGCAUAGAGAAGGCGCUGGGGGGCCAGGGCGACGGGGGGGACCUCUACUCGGAAAACAUCACUCGGAUCCUCGACAAGCUGUUGGACGGCUACGACAACAGGCUCCGACCGGGAUUUGGAGGCGCCGUGACAGAAGUCAAAACAGACAUCUACGUGACCAGCUUUGGGCCCGUGUCCGACGUGGAGAUGGAAUACACAAUGGAUGUCUUCUUUCGGCAGACAUGGACUGAUGAGAGGUUGAAGUUUAGUGGGCCAACUGAAAUUUUGAGAUUGAACAAUUUAAUGGUCAGUAAAAUUUGGACACCAGACACAUUUUUUAGAAAUGGAAAAAAAUCAAUUGCUCAUAAUAUGACAACUCCUAACAAACUUUUCAGGAUUAUGCAGAAUGGAACUAUUCUUUACACAAUGAGACUAACCAUUAAUGCUGAUUGUCCUAUGCGGUUGGUGAACUUCCCUAUGGAUGGACAUGCUUGUCCAUUGAAGUUUGGAAGCUACGCUUAUCCAAAAAGUGAAAUAAUUUAUACAUGGAAAAAAGGACCCCUGCAUUCAGUAGAAGUACCACAGGAGUCUUCCAGUCUCCUCCAGUAUGACCUCAUAGGACAAACUGUGUCUAGUGAAACAAUUAAAUCUAACACAGGUGAAUAUGUAAUCAUGACAGUUUAUUUCCACUUGCAAAGGAAGAUGGGCUACUUCAUGAUACAGAUAUAUACUCCGUGCAUUAUGACAGUCAUUCUUUCUCAGGUGUCUUUCUGGAUUAACAAGGAGUCUGUUCCAGCCAGAACAGUUUUUGGCGAAUAUUCACUUCAGCUGCUCUAUUUCCAUCUUCAAAGGAAAAUAGGCUACUAUCUCAUUCAGACAUACAUUCCAUGCAUCAUGACUGUAGUCCUGUCUCAAGUUGUGUUUUGGAUCAACAAAGAAUCUGUUCCAGCAAGAACCGUGGCUGGAAUCACUACAGUUCUAACAAUGACCACUUUAAGCAUCAGUGCACGCCAUUCUUUGCCCAAGGUGUCCUAUGCUACCGCCAUGGAUUGGUUCAUAGCUGUGUGCUUUGCCUUUGUCUUCUCUGCACUUAUUGAGUUUGCAGCUGUCAACUACUUUACCAAUCUUCAGACUCAGAGAGCAAUGAGGAAGGCAGCCAGGGCAGCAGCACUGGCAGCAGCACUAUCAGCAGCAACUGUACCGGCAGAGGACGAGAUUGUCUCGCAUUCUGACUCCAACUGUAACCUGAAGAAGCGAGUAAACUCCGUAACGUCUCAGGCAGAUCAGUCUCCUGAAGCCAGCAUAAUAUCAAAUAGUGCAUCCCAGUGUCAACCAGUGUCUGUUCCUCCACCAGCGCCCCCCCCACCACCUAUUGGAGGCACAAGUAAAAUAGACCAGUAUUCUAGGAUCCUCUUUCCAGUGGCAUUUGCAGGAUUCAACCUGGUAUACUGGGUUGUUUAUCUUUCAAAAGACACUAUGGAAUUUUUUGAACCUACUGCAAUGCAUCUUCGAAAUGACCAUCAGUCCAACUGAAGAACAGCUCAAGGUUUCAAAGAAAUCACUGAAGGUCAUGUAGGGUUGAAGGGACUUCAAAGGAUUUGUCUAUCCAGAUGUGCUCUCAGUUUUCAAACAGGGAAUAUUUAUAUUGGACAUCACCUGGAAACAAA